AAAAAAAACCGGUCUUCUUCUUUGUUUUCACCUAAGCUCUGUUCUACAGAGAGAGAUCUGCGCCAACUCCAUUUCUCUCUCUUUCACACAUCACUCUCUUCAAACUCCCAACACUCCACACCCAGAUCUCACCCACUGAACCCAAUCCACCUCCUCACUCUCCCCAUCCACAACCCUAAAUGCCACACACCAACCACCGCAACCACAAUCUCUCUCAUCACAACCCACACCAAUGGUCUUCGGCAAAACCUCCGGCGGCAAAGGCAACCUCCGUAUCUCAUCUUCUCUCCAAGAUCUCACCUCCUACCGCCACCUCGAUCCCCAAUACUCAAUCCCAACCCUCAAUUCAAUCAACCAACACCACCAACAACAACAGCAACAACAACUACUUCAGAAUUCAACUUUCUCCAAAACCAAACCAACCCAAACCUUAACCCCAACCCGUAAAAAAUGGGCCAGGCCCGUCACACUCUCCAUAUGCUUCUUCAUCCUCCUCAUUCUCAUCAUCUACGCAAUCUCAUCACUUUAUUCUUACCACCACGCUUCAGGUAAAUACUACGUCGUUUUGGAUUGUGGUAGCACCGGAACUCGUGUAUUCGUUUACAAAGCCGAAGUUCUAGUUCAAGUUCAACAAACAAAACAUAGUUCAUUUCCGAUUUCUGUAACUUCGUUGCGAAACGGUUUACAGAAAAAACGUAAUUCGCAGAGUGGUCGUGCUUACGAUCGAAUGGAAACGGAACCGGGUCUUGAUAAACUGGUUCAUAAUGUGACCGGUUUGAAAGCUGCUUUGAAACCGCUUCUUAAAUGGGCUAUGAAGCAGAUUCCGGAAGGUGCUCAUAAGAGUACUUCGCUUUUUCUUUAUGCUACUGCUGGUGUUAGGAGGCUUCCGAAUGAGGAUUCGAAAUGGUUGCUUGAGAAUGCUUGGAGUGUUCUUAAAGGUUCUUCUUUUGUUUGUAGGAAAGAGUGGGUUAAGAUUAUUACUGGGACUGAGGAGGCUUAUUUUGGGUGGAUUGCAUUGAAUUAUGAUAAUGGGGUUUUGGGGGUUAAGCCUAGGAAAGCUACUUAUGGUGCACUUGAUUUAGGUGGUUCUUCUUUGCAGGUUACUUUUGAGAGUGAUCAAAGUUUGAAUAGUGAAACUAGUUUGUAUGUUAAGAUUGGUUCGGUUAAUCAUCAUUUAACGGCUUAUUCUUUGGCGGGGUAUGGUCUUAAUGAAGCUUUUGAUAAAUCGGUUGCUUAUGUUUUUAAGAAAGAUAAAGUUGGUUUAGGUGGAACGGUGAAACAUCCUUGUUUGCAGUCGGGGUAUAAGAAUCAAUAUACGUGUUCUCGUUGUUUGUCUGGUGAGAGAGAACGGGAGGGGGAGAGUCCUAAAGUUAAUGGGAGUGAGAGUGUUGUUGGUGGUGGAAAAGGUGAGGUGAAAACUUCGGUGACACUUGUUGGUGCGCCGAAUUGGCAAGAAUGUAGUGCGAUUGGUAAGGUUGCUGUUAAUUUGUCUGAAUGGUCUGAUGUUGGUCAGGGUCUUGACUGCGAAAUUAGUCCGUGUGCUUUGCGCGAGAAUCUCCCUCGCCCGUUAGGUCAUUUUUACGUGAUUUCUGGGUUUUUCGUGGUAUAUAGGUUUUUCAAUUUGUCUUCUGAGGCUACUAUUGAUGAUGUGUUGGAAAAGGGUAGGGAGUUUUGUGGGAAAAAAUGGGAUGUUGCGAAGAAAAGUGUUGCUCCACAGCCGUUUAUUGAACAAUAUUGUUUCAGGGCACCUUAUGUCGCUUCUUUGCUGAGAGAGGGCUUGCAUAUUACUGAUAGACAUAUAACUGUUGGUUCUGGAGGUAUCACUUGGACACUCGGGGUCGCUUUGUUGGAAGCUGGGAAGUCUUAUUCGACCAGAUUCGGGCUUCGUGGAUUUGACUUGGUUCAGAUGAAGACGAAUCCUCUGAUUCUUAUUCCCAUUUUGUUACUUUCUCUCAUUCUUUUAUGUUGUGCUUUAUCAUGUGUCCUCAAAUGGGUACCGAGAUUUUUCCGGAGGCAAUAUCUUCCCCUCUUCAGGCAUAGCAACGGGUCCAGUACAUCUGUUCUUAAUAUCCCGUCUCCUUUAUGGUUCAAGAGUUGGAGUCCAAUUAUUUCUGGAGAGUCAAGAAUAAAAACACCACUCAGCCCAACAAUUGCAGGCUCACAAGAUAGGCCAUUUGGCCUGGGACCUGGUCUUGGCGAUAACAGUGGAGGCAUCCAGAUGAUGGAAUCUUCCUUUUACCCGGCAGCUAGUAGUGUCUCGCACAGUUAUUCCUCUUCCAAUUUAGGGCAGAUGCCAUUUGACAGUAGUAAUAUAGGGACCUUCUGGUCGCCCCACAGAAGUCAGAUGCGGCUGCAGAGCAGAAGAUCACAAUCUCGAGAAGACUUGAAUUCAUCAGUGGCUGAUCCACACACGGUGAAGGUUUAAGGGCAUCAUCAUCUUGACUUUGGCAAUCGAUUGGGACUGCCAACGAAGAAAAUUUUCUGGGCAUUGCCUGAACAUGUUGUCGUUGUAAUGUCAUCAAUAAUGAUUCCUUUUCAUUGAAGAAUAUUUUGGGGUCCAUACUACACUAUGUUAUUUUUCUAUUUAUAUUCACUGCAAGUUGUAAAGGAUUUGUUCAUGUCCCAGCAUUUCAGUUAAUAUCAUGGAGAUGACCGCGGAGGCUAAAGAAGAGUUGGCAAGAAUGUUUAUUCCAAACUAAUUUGUUUCUCUGGAUCUCUCACUUCUAAACCAAUUUCCUUCACAAGCUUCCUUGCACAAAUGAGCGUUGUUCCAUCAUUCAUUACCAUUCCUGUAGUGGCUUGCUAGUUGCUACUGAUAUUCAUUACCAUUCCUGUAGUGGCUUGCUACUGAUGUCUCCAUGUUCUGCCUCAACUGUACAGUUUUCCGCUGGUGACGACUGCAAGCCUUCACAGCAUCCAAGAUCAUGGAGCAUGAGAAGCUCAUCAAACUGCAAAGAAAAGAUCAAUUAAUCUGUUACUAUUUUUUGAACUAAUCAAAUCACCUUUACUUACUAUAUAGAAUAUCCCAUUGUUUCAAAAGUGAAUGAUGACUGAGAAAAAUACUUUGAUAACACAAACCACUUGGGAGAAGUUGUAACAUAUUAUAAUACUACAAUGCUCGCAUCUUAUACAUCAAUUAUUUGAAUUUAGUUGAAAUUUGCUACCAACUCAAUUCCUUAA